AUGACAGAGCAGACAGUACUUUCCAAAUUGAAUACACUUUCUCAGAAAGUAAUAUCUGCAGACUCCCUAAACGAGGCAAUCUUUCUAACAAAAGAAACGGUACAGAACUGGCCUGAACGAUCAAGGGCUCUUUGUUCUGACUUUAUUGCGUUGGAGUCGAACGACGAGAAGGAAGAAUGGCUGAGAGAUCUGUUUAUCGAGGUGUUUGAUUUCAUAAAUAAAGGCGAUGAUAAUUCUCCUCUCAAGCUUAGUGAUAUUUCGCUAUUUAUUGAAGGAUUGGUAAAUUAUAACAAGCAAGUAGAUCAGGCUUCCAUGAUUGGUAAAAUGUUUAUUGCCGUUUCAAGCACCAUCCCAAAUGUGAGCGAUUCAAACACCAUAUCAUUAUGUAAGCUAAUACCGUCACUGCAUGAAGAAUUAUUCAAAUUUGGCUGGAUGUCUUCUAAGUUGCUGAAUAGGGAACAAACCGCUUUACUAAGACAUUUGUUGAAAAAAUCAAAAUACGAGCUGAAGAAGUAUAACCUUUUGGUAGAGAAUUCUGUGGGUUAUGGUCAAUUGGUAACCUUAUUAAUAUUAGCAUAUUAUGAUCCUGACAAUUGUUUCAAAGUACCAGCAUAUUUGGAAGACAUUCAGCAUAUUAUGGGUAAAUAUUCCUUGGAUUCCAUUCGUUCUUUGGAUGUUAUCUUGAACGUCUCCAGUCAGUUUAUCACGGAAGGGUAUGAGUUCCUAAUUGCUCUUUUACAAAAGUCAGAUUUUUGGCCUUCUCGCCAUGUGGCUGAUAAUUCUGAUUAUUCUCUUCUCAAUCAAGGUGGUAACAUGAUUGCUGCUAACAUUAUUUCAUUUAAUUUAUCAAAAGGCAACGAAGAAGUCAUUAUGGAAAACUACCAACAGUAUUUGGACAUGUGUUGCAUCCUAGUAAAAGCCGGGUUUGUUAAUUUCUAUUCUAUUUGGGAUAAUGUACAACCAGAGAUGGAAUUUUUACAGAAAUAUACUCAAAACUUGGAAACUGAAUUAGAAGAGGAAUCUACUAAAGGUAUAGAAAAUCCCUUAGCUAUGGCAGCUGCCCUUUCCACAGAAAACGAAACAGACGAAGACAGUGCCAUUCCUGCGAAUAAUGAUGAUAAUAACAAGGAUAAGAUCCCUGAUGCGCAAAAAGAUGAAGUAGACUUGCAAGACAAGGACAAAUCUCAACAGGAUAUUUUGUCAUUUGGCAAAAUAAAAUUUUUGGAACGUUUACUCGUCCAUGGUUGUCUCGUUCCUGUUAUUUACGUGCUCAAGGAAUAUCCGAAGCUUCUCUAUGUUAGUGAAUCUCUAUCGAAAUAUUUUGGCAGAAUAUUUGAAUAUCUUUUGAAUCCAUUAUAUACAAAAAUGACUUCUUCUAGUGAGUCAACCGAUAUGACAGCUGCUUUGAUGGUAACUCGCAUAGAUAAUGGUAUUUUAGCCCAUAAACUAAGAUUGAUUCAUCAAUAUAAAACACAUGAGCCGUUUGAAUCACUUGAAUUGAAUUCACGGUAUGUUUUCUAUUAUUCUGAAUGGAAUUCUGGUUUAAAUCCCUUUGAUUCCGUUGAUGACCUUUUCGAAAAUUCUCAUACCUAUUUAUCUAUCAUUGGUCCGUAUUUGGGAAAGGUUCCCACGUUAUUGAGUAAAAUUGCUCGUAUUGGUGUAGCUGAUAUUCAAAAGAAACAGGGACUUGAUUCUCUGCAGAGUGCAGUGGAUAGGUGGAUAGAUUAUGUGAGGAAAUUCAUUUUUCCCGCCACAUCACUAUUACAGAGUAAUCCAAUUGCCACAUCGGAAGUUUACGAACUCAUGAAACUUUUUCCAUUCGAGAAAAGAUACUUUAUUUACAAUGAAAUGAUGACAAAAUUAUCCGAAGAUAAUCUGCCAAUUAAAGUAAGCUUCAAUAAAACGGAAAGAGAAGCUAAGAGUAUUUUAAAAGCAUUGAGUAUUGACACCAUAGCAAAAGAAUCCAGAAGAUUUGCCAAAUUAAUUUCCACAAAUCCAUUGGCUUCAUUGGUACCAGCGGUUAAACAGAUUGAGAAUUACGAUAAAGUCUCUGAGCUUGUUGUUUAUACUACGAAGUAUUUUAAUGAUUUUGCAUAUGACGUGUUACAAUUUGUUUUGUUAUUGCGCUUAACUUAUAGUAGACCCGCUGUUCAAUUUGAUGGAGUUAAUCAGGCCAUGUGGGUACAGAGGCUGUCAAUAUUUAUUGCAGGUCUCGCCAAGAGUUGCCCUAAUAUGGAUAUCUCAAAUAUUAUAACUUAUAUUCUAAAGACUUUGCAUAAUGGGAAUAUUAUAGCUGUUUCCAUUUUGAAGGAAUUGAUUAUUACUGUUGGUGGUAUCAGAGAUUUGAAUGAAGUUAAUGUGAAACAAUUAAUGAUGCUGAAUUCAGGAUUACCGUUGAAGCAAUGUGCAAGGCAUUUGAUAUAUGAUUUCAGAGAUGAUAAUUCAGUCAUUUCGUCCAGACUAACCUCAUUUUUUACUGAUCAGAAUGCUAUUUCUGAAAUUAUUCUUCUGUUGUAUUCUCUAAAUCUGAAGGCAAAUACACAAGAUUCCCAUUACAAAAUAUUAUCCACCAGAUGUGAUGAAAUGAAUACUUUGUUAUGGUCAUUUAUUGAAUUGAUUAAACAUUGUUUGAAAGGGAAAGCAUUUGAAGAGAACGUUCUCCCAUUUGUAGAAUUGACUAACAGAUUUCAUUUGUCGACACCGUGGGCUUUCCACAUAUGGAGAGACUACUUGGAUAAUCAAUUAAAUUCAAACGAGAAUUUUUCCAUUGAUCAAAUGAUUGAAGGUGCAGAGUUUAACGAUGUUGAUUUAACGAAAAUGUCGAAAGACCUUUUUACCACUUUCUGGAGGCUUUCAUUAUAUGAUAUUCACUUUGAUAAAUCACUAUAUGAUGAACGCAAGAACGCACUCUCUGGAGAAAACACGGACCACAUGUCAAAUAGAAAAAAACACCUGAUUCAGAACCAAAUCAAGGAUAUUUUACUCACUGGAAUUUCACAUCAAAGAGCUUUUAAAAAAACUGCAGAAUUUAUUUCUAAAAAAUCAAAUACUUGGAACGAAGAUUGUAAGGAAGACCAAAUAAGAAUAUUUUUACAAAAUUGUGUUGUACCAAGAGUUUUAUUUUCCCCUUCUGAUGCUCUUUUUUCCUCGCACUUUAUUUUCACGGCUUUUAGUACAGAAAACUUGAUGUCAAUAUUGAACACUUUUAUCACUUCAAAUAUUUUGAAAACGUUGUUGUUCUGCUGCACUAGUUCUGAAGCAGGUAAUUUAGGUCUCUUUUUCACUCAUGUUUUGCAAGAACUCGAGAAAAUGAGGCUGAGUGGUGAUUUCAACGAUCAAGCUUCUCGUAAGCUCUAUGAAUGGCAUUCUGUAAUUACUGAGCAAGUUAUUGAUCUUUUAUCCGAGAAAAAUUACAUGUCUAUUAGAAAUGGUAUCGAAUUUAUGAAGCACGUUACGGGCGUUUUCCCAGUUAUAAAAACACAUAUUCAAUUGGUUUACACAACUUUAGAGGAAAACUUGGUAAAUGAAGAAAGAGAGGAUAUUAAAUUACCAAGCAGUGCACUGAUAGGCCAUUUGAAAGCACGAUUGAAGAACGCUUUAGAAUUGGAUGAAUUCUGUAGCUUAACUGAGGAGGAAGCUAGACAAAAAAGAGCACAUGAAAUGGAACUAGAAGAGAUCAAGAAUUAUGAAACAGCUUGCCAAAACGAACAAAAACAAAUGGCUUUAAGAAAGCAACUGGAGCAUAAUAAAUCUCAAAGACUUCAAAAUGAUUCGUUAAAAAGUGCCGCGAGCGACAGUUUUGGAGCGGAUAAGGAGAGAUACACUUAUUCACGGGAUGAACCUGUAAUACCAACAAAGCCAUCCAGCAGGCAAUGGCCAUAUUCUAAAGUUACUAGGCAUCUGGAUGACAUAAACCAUUACCUGGCUACCAACCAUUUACACAAAGCUAUUUCUCUUGUGGAGAACGACAAUGAGGCUUGGAAUUUGAAAAAAUUAUCCAAAAAAAAUAUGCCAAUUUUUGAUUAUAGAAAUUCUAUCUUGGAAAUAUUUGAGAGGUAUUUCAGAACACUCAUUCAAAACCCUCAGAACCCAGAUUUCGCAGAAAAAAUUGACACUCUCAAAAGGCAUAUCAAGAACAUAUUACGUGAGCCUUAUGUAAAUACAACUAACUUACAUUCUGAAACUCCUGCUUCUGAAUAUACCAAAAGGUCAAGUAGAUAUGGUGGUAAUACUGGGGUUAAAGAUGUAUAUGGUAAUUCUAGCUAUAGAGGCUCAGGUAACGAUCGUUCAGGACUGAAGACUAGUAAGUCAAUCAAUAGUUACUCACAUAAAAGGCCGGAGCUGCCCACCAGACCGAAUAAAAAUAAAUCAUAUAGUGACAAAAGCAAAUCAGUAAGGCCAACUGGCCCUGACAGAGGUGAGAGCUUUGACCAGAGGGAGAACCGUAUGCGUGAAGAAUAUAAUAAAACUAAGUCACAACGGUCACAAUUACGGUUUCCGGAAAAGCCAUCUCAAGAAAGCAAUAAGGCUAAUACUUAUCAAUCUUCGCCUUACAAGCACGAUAUGUCUUCAGAGAAUGAGGAAAAGCCAAACAAGAGGUUCAAGAAGGACGAUGGAAAUAGAAACAAAUUCCAAACACAAGAUUAUAGAAAUACACGAGACAACAGUAACACCCGCAGAGCAAAUGAAAAUCAAAGAUACAACACGAAUAGAAAGAGUAAUACUCAGGCACUUCCUCAAGGCCCUAAGGGUGGAAACUAUGUCAGUAGAUAUCAGAGGUAA